UGAUCCUAGCCUGGCUAGCUAAAGCCGUAUAGAGAUCAUUCGAAAGAGAUUUAAGGCAACCAUUAAUGGGAAAUAAGCAAUACAUAAAGCAAUACCGGAUUUAGAAAAUAAUCACAGCAACCGUAAGGGUUGCACGUCUGGUCAACAAACCAAGAAGAACGUGAGGAUAAUUCUUGUAACGUCAUGGCAGAUGGCAGGAUCUAUGUGGGGAACCUUCCAGCUGAUGUGCAAGAGAGAGACAUUGAAGAUAUAUUCUUUAAAUAUGGCAAAAUCAGAGAUAUUGAGUUGAAGAACAACAGAGGCACUAUUCCCUUUGCCUUUGUGCGCUUUGAAGAUCCAAGGGAUGCUGAGGAUGCAGUCUAUGGAAGAAAUGGUUAUGGAUUUGGUGACUGCAAGCUGCGUGUUGAGCACCCUCGUUCUGCCUCCUCUAAAUUUAACGGUCCUAUGGGUGGGGGGGGUCGAGGGCCUGGGGAAGGAGGUCCUGGUGGUCCUAAAGGGAGGUUUGGGCCUCCUACUCGGAGGUCAGAGUUCAGAGUUAUUGUGACUGGUCUGCCUCCGACUGGGAGCUGGCAAGACUUGAAAGACCACAUGAGGGAGGCGGGAGACGUUUGUUUCACAGAUGUUCAGCGGGACGGGGAAGGGGUGGUGGAGUUCCUCCGCAGAGAGGACAUGGAGUAUGCCAUGCGGCGCCUGGACAGGACAGAGUUCAGAUCACACCAGGGGGAGACUUCCUGUAUCCGUGUCCAUGGCGAGAUGGGGGUCAGCAGAGGACGCUCGCGGUCCCGUUCCAGAUCCAGGGGACGUUAUUCACCGGCGUAUCAAGGCCGCGGCUCUCCUCCCCCUCGUUAUCAGUCACCCCCUGCUCGAAGGUUGUCUCGCCAUAGCCCUCCUCCACGUCGACUAUCUGCAGCACGCCGCAGCCCGCAAAGCCGCAGCCCGCCCCCCCGUCACUACCGAUAAUACAGCUGCAGGGGGACCCAAGACCGGUGACUUUCUUUUGUUGCGUUUUUGUUAUAGUCUGUUAUGUGCAUUCCAUCAUGAGGACUGUCUCCAAAGGAGGACUUUUUAAAUAGCAUAGACAGCAGACCCGCAUUGCCUCACAUUUAAAUUGAUUCAUUCUCAAACUUCAGAUAUUGCUGAUUUGGGAGAUUUGUGAAGGAGACUGCAUACUAGAGGGCUUUGACAUUAUACAGCUCUUUAGAUUUUUUUUGAUCUUGUUUCUGUAACAGCCUGUCUAGAUGGCCCUGCCUUGUGGAUGGUUGCCUCACAAAUACUGGCACUAAUCUUCAUUUUGUUUCUUUUACUUGAGUGAAAUGAUUUGUAAGUACUCUUGUCCCCAUUCUUGAAAUAAUGUUUGUAUCUCCUAACAGCUUUGUAAAAAAAAGUUUUGUUUUUGUUUUUUAAAUAAAGCGAGGACUCUUA